AUGUCCCACAAACAACGUUCUCUGUUUCUUACGUUGGCUCAUCGUGUCGGUUCUCUGAAGAAUUCUCUCGAUGUCUUGUCCAAGUACAAGGUCAACUUGACAAAAAUUGAAUCCAAACCUGCUCGACAUUCCAACAAAGUCUUCAACUUUAUUGUCGAUGUGGAUGAAGAAGUUUCGAGUGAACAAAUCGAACAAGCUCUCUCAGAAUUGAAACAAACAAAUUCCGUACAAGAAGUGAAAUUAUUGGGAGGAAAAUCAAUUCCAUGGUUUCCAAGAAGAUUAUCAGAUAUUGAUUAUUUCAGUUCACAAACGUUGGAAGCUGGAGCAGAUUUGCAAAGUGAUCAUCCUGGAUUUACAGAUCAUGAAUAUCGUGACCGUAGAAAACUUAUUGCAGAAAUUGCAAAGAGUUAUAAAAUUGGAGAGCCCAUUCCAAAAGUGAAAUAUACAGAGAAGGAAAUUAACACUUGGAGUAUCAUUUACAAGGAAUUGACCAAAUUAUAUCCAACCUAUGCAUGUGAACAAUAUAAUUACAUCUUCCCAUUGCUUGUUCAAAAUUGCGGAUAUUCUGAAAAUAACAUUCCACAAUUAGAAGAUGUGUCCAAAUUCUUACAUGAUGUGACUGGAUUUCGUUUGAGACCUGUGAGCGGUUUGUUGAGUGCUCGUGACUUCCUUAACGGAUUGGCAUUUAGAGUUUUCCACAGUACUCAAUAUAUUCGUCAUCAUUCCGUUCCAUUUUACACUCCUGAACCAGAUGUCGUCCAUGAACUUCUCGGCCAUGCACCACUCUUUGCAGACAGUGACUUUGCAGAUUUCAGUCAACAAAUUGGAUUGGCAUCAUUGGGAGCCAGUGAAGAAGAUAUUGAAAAGUUAGUCAGACUCUAUUGGUACACUGUUGAGUUUGGUGUCUGUGUUCAAAAUGACAAAGAUGGAAUUCCACGAACAAAGGCCUAUGGAGCUGGAUUAUUGUCAUCCUUUGGAGAGUUAAAAUAUAGUAUUGAUGGAAUUGAUGAAAAGACUGGACAAAAACCAGAAUAUAGACAAUUUGAUCCAGAAGUUGCCUGUAAAUAUAGUUAUCCUAUUACCACCUAUCAACCCAUCUAUUAUGUGGCUACUAGCUUUGAAAAUAUGAAAGAACAAAUGAGAAAGUUUGCAUCGACCAAAUUGGAUCGACCUUUUGCAUUGAGAUACAAUCCUUAUACUCUUUCAGUCGAUGUAUUGGAUAGUGAAGACAAGUUACUGACCUUAACAGGUACUAUUCAAUCUAAUAUUGAUACUCUCAAAUUUGCAUUGGAGAAAAUUCGUCAAAAUAAGGGCUUAAGCUUUGAGUAUACCAAUAAGAAUGAAUCUCAACAAUAA